UGUUGAACUGUCGCCAACCACAGACGCCCUUCAAUGCCGCCCAAACGACGCUUUCGGGUCAAACUCAAAUAAUUCGUUGAUUCACUUUCAAAAACAAACAAAUGGGAUAAAAAGUUUUUUGGACAGUGACUUGAGUGGUAAAAAAAAUUGUGAUUUUUUUUAUAAAAUUUUGUGUGAUAUUAGGUUAAGUGACUUUUAGUGUAGAAUGGAGGAACAAGCAGAGAGCAAGGAGAGACUGCAGCGGGCGCCCUUUGAGACUGCCCUGCACCACGCUGGUUACGGCUGCUUCCAAUGGCUGCUGCUCAUGUCAUGCGGCGCGGUGUACGCGGUGUGCGCGCUCAGCACGACCACCCUCAGCUUCGUGCUGCCGGCUGCGGAAUGCGACUUCAGCCUCUCCUCCAGCGACAAGGGCCGGCUCACUGCCACCCCGCUUAUUGGGAUGUGCGUAGGUUCCUAUUUUUGGGGUAACCUGGCGGACGCCCGGGGCAGAAAAAAGGCUAUUAUUGGAGCCCUGCUCCUGGAUGCUCUAGCGGCGUUCCUGUCCAGUCUUGUUCAGACAUUUCCAGCGUUCCUCGCUUGCAGGUUCUUCUCGGGUUUCGGCAUCAUCGGCGCCACGGGGCUCGUGUUCCCGUACUUCGGGGAUUUCCUCUCGCUGCGGCAUCGAGACGUGAUGCUGUGCAGGCUGGAAGUAUUCUGGACUUUUGGAACCAUUUUGUUGCCAGGCAUCGCCUGGCUGAUAAUCCAGGACCCGCGGUUCAACCUGACGGCGGAGGGCGCGGCGUUCCAGUACACGUCGUGGCGCGUGUUCGUGGCGGCGUGCGGGCUGCCGAGCCUGCUGGUGGUGCUGCUGCUGCUGCCGUUCCCCGAGAGCCCGCGCUACUUGCUGCACGCCGACAAGACGGAGCAGGCGCUGCACGUGCUGCAGAGGAUAUUCGUCGUCAACACCAAGCUCACGGAGAGGGACUUCCCGGUGGAAUCAAUGAUAAGCGCGUGCGACGGCGAGGAGGAGGACGUGGUGGCGGACCCGAACGGCAACGAGACGAAGACGCCGCUGACGUGGAGCCAGCGCUGGCAGGCCUUCUGGCGCCGCAAGAAGAUGCUCGUCACGCCGCCCUACAUCGGCCUGCUCGUGCUCUGCUGCUUCGUCGACUUCGGCCUCAUGUUCAGCUACUACACGCUGAUGAUGUGGUUCCCGGACCUGUUCGAGCGGUUCAGCCAGUUCUCGUCCCUGUACCCGGACAUAUCCGCCGGCGUGUGCGAAGUGUCCGCUAACGUCACCCGCUCCGAGCUCUUGGGCAAGGCGGAGUGCCCGCAGGUGAUCGACGACGCGGUGUACAUCCACACGCUGGUGGUGGCGCUGAGCUGCGCGCCCACCGCGCUGUGGGUCGGCCUCACCAUCAACAUGCUCGGCAAGAAGCUCAUGCUCGUGAUGAUGCUGAUCAGCUCCGGGCUGGCGGCGCUGGGGCUGAACCUGGUGCGCUCGUCGCUGGAGAACCUGCUGCUGUCGUGCGUGUUCGAGGCCAUCGUCAGCUGCACCGAGGCGGUGCUGUUCUGCGUCAUAUGCGAGAUCUUCCCAACUAAAGUUGCCGCGACGGCGAUGGCGGUGACGGUGAUGUGCGGGCGCGUGGGCGCCAUCGCCGGCAACGUGGUGUUCGGCGCGCUCGUCGACCAGCACUGCGUCGUGCCCAUCUACAUGUUCGGCGCGCUGCUCAUCACGAGCGGGCUGCUGUGUAUAAUACUACCAAAGAGCACUCGACCGGAGAGGCCGCACUGAUGCUAAUAUAUAUUAUAUUACUAUUGUAUAUUAUUAUUAUUAAUUAAUAUUAUUAAAUUAGUUACAAACACCA